CACUUUAGUAUAGGGCAUUUAAACCGUAGGCACUCAACGUACGUACACCAUUCCUGCAGGAUAGGAUAUCCAGCACAUUUUAGUUAAAUUUGUCCCUCAGGGUUACAUUGAAAGGAAUACGGUUCACUAAAUCCUUAUCAAAACUCGACACCAUAGUAAUUGUGACAAUUGUCCUCAGCUAUGGGUGACUGACGGCACCACGGUCGUUCAGAGUGGACAGCAGGACAGAGGGCGUAGACCAUCGUUGUUGGAUAUAGGAUUCUCCUUGUGACUUAUCAGGGCCUAAAAUGUCAGGGGGCUCUGGGAUCUCAGUGAAAUUGGAGAGGAGCCUCUACUGCGGAGUGCUGCCUCCCUGGGGGUUCCGCAUCCAUGGGGGAAAGGACUUCAGUCACAACCUGACGGUCUUGCGAGUUACGCCAGGCAGCAUUGCGGACCGCUGCGGCCUGUGGAACGGCGAUGUCAUCGAAGAGAUCAACGGGAAGGACGCCACAAAUCUUAUUCAUCUCGACGCGCAACAGCUCAUCAAAGUUUCCGGCGAACAGUUAGAACUGGUUGUGGAGAGGCAAGUUGAUCAGUGCGGCAUUUUCUUCAGGCAUGAUAAUACAAACAGUACCACUGUUUCCAAUGACGGUAGAUCCUCAGUUUCGAAAUCGGGGCCAGAGGAACCAGGAGUACAUGGAACUACACAGAGAACCAUAGGAGUCGAAGUCGGGAGUGACGAAACAGAUUCAGCCACACCGUCACCGGAUAAAACAGAAGGCCUAACUGCUGAAAACGGUGAGACAGCUGAAAGGAAUAUUACUGUCGGAGUCGAUGCGACAGACGUUGAAGUAGAGAUUACGGUUAGCAAGGGUGAAGCACGAAGCCCAAGUCCUGCAGAUGAACCACCUCCACUCCCCCAUUCCGCAGUCCCGGACUUCCACGUGCGGCCGGCCCCUGUCGAACACAAGUCUACCAUACCAUCAUGGAUGGAACCGCGUUCUGAACCUGUCAUGGGUCGCACCAUGAAGUUAUUACAGAGGAAGCUGUCCGUUGGUGAAACCGCUCCGAGUGUGCUGGAUAAGAGUGCCAGCAGUUUACCAGAAUCAACACUGGAGAAACAGCCUUCAGAACCGAAACCCUUUGUAAGCAGUGUACCCCAGCUUCUUCAAGACGAGGGCGAGAAGAAAACGGUCCUGUGCAUCAGCAAACAAAAUCAAGCAGAUAUCCCUUCGAAUCCCGUUGAACCUUCUGCAGAAGCCGUUACAGAGAAAAAGCCGUCUGAGCCGAAGCCUUUCGUGAGCAGUACUCUCCAGUUACUCCAAGAAGAAGAGAAGGAGAGGAAGAGAUUGGGCGCGGGGAAACCGAAACCAAGGCACUCUCCGUCGAAUUCUGUGGAAUCUUCAGCGGACCCGCCACUUGGUCGGACCAUGAGGAUGUUACAGCAACAACUGAAAAUUGGUGGGGAUAGUCCUCUUCCAAGUGUUCUUGCACCUGAUUACUCAAAAACACAUGCUCGUCCACGUUCCUGGGGCCAAGUAGGACGGCCAUCAACAAUCAUUAAGGCACCAACACGGAAGGAAACAGAUAACAGGCAGUCAUCGGACCCUGCCUCAAAACCCAUAGAACCGCUGAACAGACCUGCAGAAAUAGCCAAACCUGCAGAAAUAGCCAAACCUGAUACCGGAAAAGCAAACGUUGGACCAAACUACCGAUAUUACGCUGGUCUAACUCCAACACCAGACAAAGAGAUCGAACCUAUCCAGGUUGGUCGUCGGAGAUCCAGUGACUUCGAAAAGAAGCGUACUUCCAUCGACUCCUCAGGGUCUAUUGGUCAAUCUAAGGUGUUCGACACCUGGACGGGCGUCUGGAAGGACCCCGAGCCAACCCGUUUGGGAACCUACCAGCACACUGACCAGACGAAGCCAGCUCCUCCUAAGGCGCCUGCACCCCCUGAUGUUAAAAAAGUUCCACCGAAGUCGGUGGACACAUUGGAUGGUGCAGUCAAUGGAGAGCCCGGGAAACCGUCUUGCGCCGGUUGUCAGCAGACUAUAAAGGGAGCAUUUGUGACUGCAAUCGGCAAGACAUGGUGCCCAGAUCAUUUCUGUUGUCACUACUGUAAGAUCAACCUCUCUGAGACUCAUUUCGUUGAAGAAGACGGCAAGAUCUAUUGUCAAGAAGACUAUGAGCUUCUGUUCUCUCCACGAUGUGCCCGCUGCAAUGAAACAAUAUUUGGGCACGCAAUCAACGCAAUAGGAAAGUCGUUUCACCCGUCAUGUUUCGUGUGCGCCAAGUGUAUGAAGCCGUUCGAGGGAGAUGGGUUCAUGUUGGAGAAAGGGGAACCAUACUGUCAAAAAGAUUACGAUGCGCUGUUCACAGUAAGAUGUGGUAAAUGUGAGGACUCCAUCACAGGGGGAGAGCGGUAUAUCGAGGCACUUGGUAAAGAAUGGCACAUCCGUUGCUUUGCCUGCUCGGUUUGCCGGACGCAGUUGGAAGGGACGAAAUUCUUUGUCAUAAAUGGUGCGCCAUACUGUCAGGACCACAAAGCAUGAAGCGUUGAUUUGAGGAAAUUCAGACUUUAUACAUGCAUACUGUAUUGGGGCGUUGCCUACAACGACGUGAAGGUGUGUGUAAACACUUAUGAACGAAACAAUAAUGAUGUGACACCCUCAGUAUAAUGCCUAUGGCCUUAAUCACUAAUCUCUAGGGAUGUGUCAAAAGAUCUCAAAACAUUAGCCCAAUCAUGCAAUUGUUUGUUAGUUUCUGGUUUCAUUUUAUACCAUGAGUAUUUAGGGAGUUCCACAUGUGUAUCCUUUGAUCAGCAGUGUGUAUAGUCAUAUUGAAAUUGAUUUCAUCGGACGAAGUGUAUCAGUGAAUUUACCACACAAGUGAUAAACCCAACCGAAGAUUACAUAUGUAGGUGAAGGGCAGAGACCUGUAUUCAUCCACGACCGGAAGAGUCACAUAGAGCUUAUCAAAAUGUCAAGUUGUGGUAAAUACAUGGCUGGGAUGGACCAAAGUGGAAUUAAUUCUCAAUCUGUGGUUGAUUCUUAAUCUACAGAGUCAGGCCAUCACAGAAAUAUGCUUUUUGAUAAUAUAUUUAAGAAAAUGUGGUCUCACUGGUCAGUUUAGAACUUGUACUUUGACAGGGCCAUAUCAAUGCGCCAGUGACGUUUUGAUGGAUAUGGUGUACGGAAAUCUUUUUUUCUCAGGCAAUCGGUAUUGGAAUUUUUUAAAACUUUAUUAUGCUAUUGGCAAAGGGUUCUUCUUGACACAUAUAAAAUUUUGUGCAGAUUGAUUGGUCCAAUGAGUACUUUUUUUACCAAAACCUAUGCACAACAAUGUACACGUAAUGUACACAUGUUUUAAUAGAGGACUCUGGCCUGAAACCGCUGAAGAUUUUUAAAGUUCAACCCUAACCCUCGGGGUGCGGUGGUAGCCCGCGUGGGACUGUGUUUACAGUGCGGAGGAGUGAUGGAUGGCUUGCACGAAUGACAGCAUCUUCAUCAACAAGGCUACCGAGAUCGCAAAGUGCCUUUAACGCGCUCCAUAAAGAACUGUGUGUUAUGAUAAGGUGGGCAUUAGACUUGUUAUGGUGAGAUGGAAGGACAGCAUACUAUCAAAGGUGUUACUAUGUUCUAACCAUACUAGUCAUGCGGAGUAACUCGUAAAAUUUAAUCACCAAGAUAGUAUUAUAUCAAUAUCAUGAUCCCCGCCACAUUAAUCGAAUUAUAACAUUAA